AUGGCCUCCGGAAGUUGCGCAUGCAAGUACAUCAAGUACACCACCUCUGUACCUCCAACCAGACUGGCCAACUGCCACUGCACUACAUGCCGCAAACAGUCCGGCGCCCCCUACCUGGCCUUUGUGCAUUUCCCUACAGGCUCGAUCCAAUGGCAGACCAAUCCUACUGAAUGGAAGUCGAGUGACACAGCUUCGCGGACAUUUUGUCCUCGAUGUGGGUCGGUUCUCUCGAUGAGAGUUUAUUCGAUGCCUGACGUGGAGGAGGUGGCAGCUGGUACGCUGGAUGAUGAUGUGAAAGGUCGCAUUCCGCCCCCCUCUGCUCAUAUAUUUUUGGCGGAGAAGGCUUCAUGGUACGAGCUACCGGAAGAUGGUGCAGAACGGUUUGAUGGGUGGCCUCAGUGA